AUGGGGAGUCGAAGACAACAUAGUGUCAAGUACUUUGGUCCAAACUUGAGAAAGCCAUCCAUAAGCAAGGCACCAGGCAAACUCAAGAAAAAGUGCCUUGAACAAUUUAAGAGAACUCAGCAGUCGUUUAGGGUGGCGUAUGAUGAGCCUAGCCAUGCUAAGGCAGCGUCUCGUCCAAAUGUCUCGUCACGUUCUUCAUGGCCAAACAAAGGUACGGCUUCACCACGGGGAAAUGUCGAGAAGUCUGAGCCCUCUUUCUCUAAGACUCUCCAAAAGAAUACCCAAAAGGCUAGUCCAUCUCGCGCAGUGCCUAGCGCAAUGCCUAACAAUGGCAUUGAUUCUUUGCAAAAGAAUACUACCAAGUUUAGAUCCUCUCCCUUUAUGUCAAAUAGUGGUAAUAGCUCGAGGCCAAACAAUGGCAUGGGUUAUUUGGCAAAGAAUGUGGAGUCUUACUCAAGGUUAAAUGACGUUGAAGUUCCUCCGUCAAAGAAUACAAAGAUGUCAGGAUCCUUUUACUCAAUGCCCAAUGAUGAGAUCGCUCCUCAAUCAAUGAAAGCUAGGCCCUUAUCCUCUGGGUUGAAUUGUGUGUCCGCUUCUUUGGCAAGGAACAUAGAAAAGUCUAAGCUCUCUGCAGGUUCAAAUUCCACAUUUGGUGUUUCAAAGAAAUUGUAUCCCUCUUCAAUGGUUCAGAACUCACGAAAAGAAGACCAUCCGAUGGCGAUGGAAGGUACAAAUUCCAACUCAGCUUUGAAGGGUAAAAAAGUCAUGGAAGAUAUCUCGCCCAACUUGGAGAUCAAUUUACCUGGUAAGAAACUUUCAAAUCACCAAACGGUCGAGGCAUCAUGCAUGGUUGAUUCAAUCGACGGGUGCAUUCGACUUGAUAGUAGAAAGUGCAUGUCUAGCCUUUCGGAGCAUGGAAGAACCGAUGUGUACAAAUCUAAGAGUAAGAGGAUGGAGCCGUUGUUGGAAAAAAGGUUUGAGGCACGUGGGGUCGCUAGAUUGAAAAAAUCCAUUAAUAAACUUAACAGUGAGAACACUAGCCUCAGGGAGGAUGAAAGGACCGUUGAUGACAAGUUUAAUAAGAGGAAGAGGACUGAGAAUUGUAGUCAAACAAACAAAAAGAGUAGAUUUGUAGUAAUUGAUGAUGAAGACGAUGAUGAUGGUGAUCAGAAUCUCACUGGUAGUAAAAGUGGUGCCGCUGGAUUGAAAACACAGAAUUAUGGUUCCGAACCUUCGAAGCCACAUCACUAUUGUUCCCUGCCCAUCGAUGAACCUAUUUGGAGUGGAAGCAUUAAGAUAGGCAGCGGAAAAUUUGUUUCGUUGGCUGCACAUUUGUCAACCAAAUACUGUGAGAAGGUGUGGAAUUUGUCAAGAUCACUUGAGCCAGUGGUUGAAGUAACAAAGCUUUCUAGACUGGAGGCUUGGCCUAAGAGCUUUGAGGCAUCAAGGCCCACUGAUGACAACAUUGCGUUGUAUUUAUUGCCCACCGAGAUGAGGCAAGAUGCAGACCUGGAUCAACUUGUUAAAGAAGUCGUGGAGAAUGAUAUGAUCCUACGAGCUAUUGUUGGUGAAGCUGAGAUGCUGAUAUUGCCAUCUAUUCUACUGCCUGAGCAACACCAAACUUUCCAAGGAAAACCCUACCUGUGGGCGGUAUUUAAACGCAGAAUAGUGGAAGAGGAACAACAUGGCAAAGGACGCUGUGCACAGGAGAAAGGAAAACAACAGGCUUCACAUUUCAGUGUGGGAGAAGGGUUAAACAUGGAAGCUGGACUUGAAGCUUCUGAGGAACCGGAGAUGCAAGGCAUGGAGCAGGAACAAAAUCCCAAGUUGGCUGGACCCAACGCGCCGAGUCCUACAACUGAAGCUCCUACCGCGGCUGCAGCUACAAUGUCUGCCAACCACUGUCAAGACCACCCAAACAUGGCUGCUCCUACAGGAGCAUUGUUUGGCUUUGUGGUUCAGCGAACUCCGCGACUCGAGCAACUCAUCCAAGAGAUGCAGCGCGAAGGUGCUGUGAUGGUUGCAAUGCAAGGGCAGAUGAUAGGGCCAGGUCUUGGCAUGGGCAGGCAGUAG